CUAAUAUAACUAAUAGUCUCACAUCAUUUAAGAGUCAAGGUCACACUCAAUUUAGAUACUCUUUUUUUUUUCAAAAACAAUGACGAAAUUUCACUCUCUAAAUAAAAAUACUUCAAAAACAUGGUAGUUGUUCCUAACGAAUUUUAUCGUACAGAGACUUGGGUGGGAACAUAUUAAUUAUUCCCAUACAAUAUCAAACAGGUUGGUGAAGGGAAAUGAAAACACAAGAACCUUCAAAUAUUCAGGCAUUAAACAAUGAUUUCUCUGACAAGUUGAAAGCAGCAGCAUAUAGAAAACAUUUUCUUCAAACUCAAUCUGCAAAGUGAAAUCCAGAAAUUCACCAAAACAUCAUACAUGAUAGAUUUGUAAGCUCCAUUUGUGAGAUGAAAUGGCAGAUAGUGCAGUAUCGUUCGUAGUGGAACAACUGUACCAACUUCUAAGAGAAGAAGGAAAUCUGUUGAAAGGGCUUGGAAAUGAUUUUGCAGACAUCAAGCACGAAUUAGAGAGCAUCAAAGCCUUCCUAAAGGAUGCAGAUAGAAGAGCUGGAGAUGAAGGAGAUACCAUUAAUGAAGGAAUAAAAACAUGGGUGAAGCAGUUGAGAGAGAUAUCUUUCUGCAUUGAAGAUGUGAUUGAUGAAUACAUAAUGGAUGUGGCAUACAGGGGCAACCACCAUCCACCAUGCAUAGCUUCACUCCAAAAGAUUGCUCACCAAAUCAAAACCUUGAAGUCGCGUCAUCGGAUUGCAUCUAAUAUUCAAGAUAUCAAGUUAGCAGUUCAAGGAAUCAAGGAAAGAAGUGAAAGGUACAAGUUUCAAUCUGCAUUUGAAGAUGGAUCAUUGAGCAGUUCUAGAGGGGCAAAAGAUUUCAAAUGGGAUGACCCAAGAAUGGCUUCACAUUUCAUUGAAGAAACUGAAGUGGUGGGAUUCGAACUCCCAAGGGAUGAGUUGAUUGGUUCCUCAAUAAAAGGAAACGACCAACUCUCACUGAUUUCUGUGGUAGGCAUGGGAGGACUUGGAAAAACAACUAUUGCCAAACAUGUUUUCAAUAAUCAACAAGUGAAAACACACUUUUAUUGUCGAUCUUUCGUGACAGUUUCUCAAUCAUACACUGUGAGGGAGCUAUUGACAGAAAUGAUACAGAAGUUUUGCAAGGACGCCAAUGAGCCUACUCCAAAAGGGCUGCACAACAUGGACGAUGAGACAUUGGUGACAGAAUUGAGGCAAUACCUUCAGUCAAAGAGGUAUUUGGUAGUGUUUGAUGAUGUCUGGAAAGAAAAUUUUUCUGAUGAGAUUGAACAUGCCUUGCCUAAUAACAACAAAGGAAGUAGAAUCAUAAUCACCACUAGAAACAUGCAGGUUGCAGAGUAUUUUAAGAAAUCAGUUGUUGUUCAUGUUCACAGACUCCAACAUUUGUCUCCAGACAAAGCAUGGGAGCUCUUCUGCAAGAAGGCAUUCAGAUUUGAACCUAGUGAGCAAUGUCCAACUGAGCUUGAGGAGAUGUCAAAGGAAAUUGUUCAAAAAUGUGGAGGGCUACCACUAGCAAUUGUUUGUAUUGGAGGUCUUUUGGCAACAAAAGAAAAAAACAUACUUGAAUGGAGAAAGGUGUGUCAGAGAAUGGAGUUAGAGCGCAACACACAUUUAAACAGUUUGAAAUGGAUUUUAUCUCUUAGUUAUGAUGAUCUUCCUCACAAUUUGAAAUCAUGCAUGUUGUAUUUUGGUGUAUAUCCGGAGGACUACUCUAUCAGUCGCAAGAGAUUAACCAGACAAUGGAUGGCUGAAGGGUUCAUAAAAAAUGAGGAGAGAAGACCAACGGAGGAUGUUGCUGAAGAGUAUCUGACACAGUUAAUAAGUAGAAGUUUGGUUCAGGUCUCAAGAGUUGGAUUUGAUGGUAAAGUUAAAAAUUGUCAAGUCCAUGAUUUGUUGCGUGAUAUCAUCAUCAGAAAAAUGAAUGAGUUAAGUUUUUGCCACAUAAUGCGUGAGGAUGAUGAACUAGACACAGUUGGAAUAACUAGAAGGUUUUCCAUAGCUUCUUGUUCCAACAAUGUGUUAAGGAAAACUAGUAACUCAGGCAUUCGUGCUAUUUAUGUUUUCAAAAAAAGUGAAUUGCCUGAGGAUUUUGCAGGUAGCUUAUCUGCCAAGUUUAAGCUUUUGAAAGUUCUUGAUUUUGAAAGCACUAUGCUAAGCUCUGUUCCUAAUAACUUGGGGAAUCUUUUCCACCUGAGGUACCUAAACUUGAGUCAUACAAAGAUAAAGAGUAUUCCUAGAUCCGUUGGAAAUUUGCUGAACUUGGAAACCUUGGAUCUAAGACAGACAAAUGUGCAAGUGCUACCAAGAGAGAUAAAAAACCUCACAAAAUUAAGACUUCUUCCAGUCUACUACAGAAAGUAUGAAGGACAUUACUCUAUGUUGAAUUUCACAACUGGGGUGAAAAUGCAAAAGGGUAUUGGAUGCUUGAAAUCCUUACAGAAGCUUUACUUUUUGGAGGCUGAUCAUGGUGGAUUAGAGCUUAUGCAAGAGCUGAAGAUGUUGAAACAGUUAAGGAAGUUAGGUAUAAGGCUUGUGCAAACAGAACAUGCAAAUGCACUAUCUAGUGCAAUAGGGGAGAUGAGGCACCUUGAAUCUCUCAAUGUAGGUGCUAAAGAUCAGGAUGAAAUCAUUGACUUGAAUUUUGUAUCAACUCCAACCUCUCUUCUGGUGUUGAAUUUGAAAGCUCGAGUUACAAAGUUUCCUGAUUGGAUUCCAAGACUAAAGUAUCUUGUUAAGUUAAGGCUUGGUUUAUCCAAUUUGGAAGGAGAUCCACUGGACUCACUGAAAGAUUUGCCGAGUCUGUUGCGGCUCAAUAUGUGGGAUAAUGCAUAUGUUGGUGAAAGUUUGCAUUUCAAAAGAGGAGGAUUUCCAAGGUUGAAGGAACUGGAUCUCACUCGACUCAGCAGAUUAAAUUCUAUAUCUAUAGAUGAAGGAGCUUUGCUUGGUCUUGAACACUUCAGAUUUAAAGAUAACCCCCAAAUGAAGGUGGUACCUCAUGGCCUCAAACACUUGAAAAACCUUCAAUUUCUUGGCUUUGCUGAUAUGCCAGCUGAAUUAGUAGAAAGCAUUGAUCCAGCAAAAGAUGGACAAGAUUAUUCAGUUAUCAAGCAUAUUCCCCUUGUGCUCAUUCGUCAGAACGUGGGACCAAAAUUCCAUGACUAUGAGUUGCGUCCUAUUCCCACAUUAGCCGCUAAAAAAUGCCUGGUCAUGGUUUUAAACAAAGAAAAUUGGAAGCCGUCCAACAACUGUACACGUUCCUCUUCGUUGACUUUAGAGAUUAAAUUUCCUACAAACAGUAUACCCAACGAAAGAAAAAAGGUAAGAGGCACCAUAUUUCUGAAAUGCUUAUGCUGGAUACAUGAGAACAGCAUAAUUGAAAGGUGCGAGAGUAAGACUGAAAUGGCAGAAGCUGCGAUUUCUUUUGCAUUGAGUGAAGUGUUCCAAAUUCUAAAGGAAGAAAAAAAGCUGCUGAGUGGCAUUAACAGAGAUUUUUUAGACAUCAGAGAUGAACUAGAAAGCAUCCAAGCCUUCCUCAAAGAUGCAGAUAGAAAGGCAGCAGAUGAAGCCAACACCAACGAAGGAAUCAGAACUUGGGUAAAGCAGGUCAGACAAGUGUCAGUUCGUGUAGAAGAUGUCAUCGAUGAAUACCUCAGGGUGAUUCAUCAGGUCCCCUGUCAUGGAUUUGGAGCUUCAAUUUGUAAGAUUACAAACCUGAUAAGAACAUCGCUUUCCCGUCAUCGGAUAGCCGUCGAGAUUCAGGACAUUAAAUUGUCACUUUCUUUAAUCAAGGAAAGAAGUGAAAGGUACAAGUUUCAAGUUUCACAAGAAAAACCAUCAAGCAGUAGCAGAGGUUGGACAACAGAAGGUACUGGAUGGAAUGAUCCCAGAAUGGGUUCCCUUUUCAUUGAAGAAACGGAAAUGGUAGGAUUUGAAUUACCAAGAGAUGAAUUGCUUUGUUGGUUGUUGGAGGGCGAAAAAGAGCGCACAUUGAUUUCAGUGGUGGGGAUGGGGGGUCUCGGAAAAACCACCCUUGCCAAACACGUUUUUGACAGUGAAAACGUAAAAAACCACUUUGAUUGUCGUGCUUGCAUCACAGUUUCUCAAUCCUACACUGUGAGAAGGAUAUUCAGAGACAUGAUCAAGCAAUUUUGUAGGGAGACAAAAGACCCUCUUCCAGAAAUGUUAGAAGAGAUGGACGAGAAGACGCUGAUUUCUGAAUUGAGGCAAUACCUGGAGCAUAAAAGGUAUUUGAUAUUCUUUGAUGAUGUAUGGCAUGAAGAUUUCUGUGACCAAGUUGAACUUGCCAUGCCCAGAAACAAUAGAAGCAGCAGGAUCAUAAUCACCACCAGAAUGAUCCAUGUUGUUGAGUUUUUCAAGAAGUCCUUUCCUGUUCAUAUUCACAGCCUACAACCAUUGCCUUCUGACAAAUCAUGGGAACUCUUCUGCAAGAAGGCAUUUAAAUUUGAGCUUGAUGGGCAAUGUCCGGCAGAGCUUAAAGGAAUGUCAGAUGAAAUUGUUGGAAAAUGCAAGGGGUUACCUUUGGCGAUUGUGGCCAUUGGUGGUCUACUUUCAACAAAAUCAAAAACUGUGUUCGAAUGGCAAAAGGUGAGUCAAAAUCUCAACCUGGAGUUGCACCGUAAUGCCCAUUUAACUAGAUUAACGAAGAUUUUAUCUCUCAGUUAUGAUGACCUGCCUUACUAUCUGAAACCAUGCGUAUUGUAUUUUGGUAUAUAUCCUGAGGACUCCUCCAUUAACCACAAGAGGUUAACUCGACAAUGGAUAGCUGAAGGGUUCGUUAAAUCCGAUGGGAGGGCUCUAGAACAAGUUGCGGAUGAGUACUUAUCUGAGUUAAUUUAUAGAAGUCUGGUUCAAGUCUCCUGGGUUGGGUUCGAAGGGAAAGUGAAAAAUUGUCAAGUUCAUGAUUUAUUACACGAAGUAAUCGUAAGAAAAAUGAAGGAUUUAUCCUUUUGCCACUUUGUGCAUGAAGGUGAUGAUGAAUCAGCCACGAGUGCAUCAACAAGACGUCUAUCUAUAGACACUAGUAGUAGUAGUAUCAACAAUGUGUCGAAGAGCACCAACUUCACACACAUCCGUGCAAUUCAUGCUUUUGGAAAAGGAGGAGCGGUUGAGCUUUUUUCAGGUCCUUUGGCUUCAGAGUCUAGGGUUUUGAAAGUACUAGACCUUGAAAGCACAUCCUUAAACUAUGUCCCCAGGAAUUUAGGGAACAUUUUCCACUUGAAGUACCUGAAUCUAAAGAAUACUAAAAUACGGUCUAUUCCCAAAUCUGUUGGUAGGUUACAGAACCUAGAGACCUUGGAUAUAAGAGAAACUCUUGUUCAUGAGUUACCCAGUGAAAUAAACAAGCUCAAAAAGCUAAGGCAUCUUCUUGCUUUCCAUCGAAACUAUGAAGCAGAAUACUCUCUUCUGGGAUUUACAACUGGUGUGGUGAUGAAAAAAGGUAUAAAAAACUUGACUUCCCUUCAAAAUCUUUGCUAUGUGGAGGUAGAACACGGGGGAAUAGAUCUCAUCCAAGAGUUGAGAUUCUUGAGGCAGUUAAGAAAGUUAGGCUUGAGGCGUGUUCGGAGGGAACAUGGAAGAGAAAUCUGUGCUUCAGUGACAGAGAUGACACACCUUGAAUCACUCAAUAUCACAGCAAUAGGUGAGGAUGAAAUCAUUGACCUGAACUCUAUAUCAUCCAUACCUCAACUUCGACGGCUUCAUUUGAAAGCAAGACUGGAGAAGAUGCCUAAUUGGAUUUCAAAACUAGAGUUUCUUGUUAAGAUGAGGCUGGCUUUAUCCAAUUUGAAAGAUGAUCCCUUGAGAUCGCUGGAAAAGUUGCCGAAUUUGUUGAAGCUUACUAUCUGGGACAAUGCCUAUGCUGGUGAAAUCUUGCAUUUUCAAAGUGGGGGGUUUCGAAAAUUGAAGGAGCUGAAUCUGGCUCGCUUGAACACAGUAAGUGCUAUCCUCAUAGAUAAAGGAGCUUUGCUUUCUCUGGAAUAUGUUAAGAUUACCAAAAUCACUCGUCUGAAGACGGUACCCUCAGGCAUCAAAGCCAUGGAUAACCUCAAAGUUAUUGACUUCUGUGAUAUGCCAACUGAACUUGUUGAGAGCAUUGAUCCACAAAACGGCCAAGAUUAUUGGAUCAUCAAUCAUGUUCCACUUGUAUUCAUUCGUCGUUGGAUGGGACCAAAACUCAAUGAUUUUGAAGUUCGCAUUAUUCACUCUUCUACUAAGGAAUUAUUAACAAACUGAUAAUGCUUUUAACGUCUAUUAUGAAGGUUGUUGUUGUAUUCGAGACUUGUUCAUUUGAAUGGACAAUUUGGUCUUCAUAAUAAAGAGAAACGAAAUUCUUUAAAAUUUUGGGAUUUGUUUGUGAUGAAGAUCCUACACUCAUGGACACUUUAUUGUUCCUUCUUCCUAGACAAUUGUAGUAGCUUUGUUAUUUUACAGGACUAAUUUGUUUUGUUA